GGAUCUUACAUAAUAUUUCCUUCGAGAAAACAUGCUGCUAGUUCCCAGGAUUAUGCUUCUUCAAGUCAUGGUACUUGUAACACCAACUAUCAAUGCAACUGAGCAAACUGACUUGUCAAAUUCUGUGGGUCCAAAAGCUCCACUGAAAUCUCAUCACCAACACAUGAAGCGUAUGGAACUGGCAGAACAUAAUCAAUAUUCCUCUGAGCUGUGUACGAUUUGCCGGGAACAGUUGGGUGCAAAUUCGCGCGAAUGGCCUAUCUGCAAGCAUUUGUAUCAUUUCAAUUGUAUAGAUGAGUGGCGAAAGGGGGAAGAUGAGGAAAACAACCAAUGCCCAAAUUGUAGAAGUACCGAUACAACCCUGGCAGCACAAAAAGAAGCUCAAUUCAGGCUUCGACGUGAUGACCGACGUGGACUAUCUCGUGUUUAUGUGGCUAGUACUAGUAGUAACCAGUCACGGCCCCCCUCACUCUCAGACCUGAGUUGUCGUUGGUGUGGUGGAAGCAUGCGUCGUGCCCGUGUCCCACCAGCCUCAGGACAAUGGACUUUCAGGGUGAAGCUUGUUUGUCAGAGAUGUAAUUCUCCUGUGAUGGUCCAUCCAUCUGCCCUCUCAGAUUUAUGAUCAAGUUGUCUGGAAAUAGCCCCAAUGAUCCAUACCUUUAGCUUACAACUCUUGAAAUGUCUCAAUUUCUUCUCAAAACAGCUAGCUCCUAGUGUUGAAUUGUGUCAAUAUCAGGGCUCAUAAUUCUGCUUUGGGAUGCUUGUUUUUCUAGAGAUAGUUUUUUUUUUUUUUCAGCUUGGAUGUCAGAUUUUGCUUGGAGGAAGUGUGUUCUUGAAUUUCUUUUUUUAAGCUUUUCAGCAGGCCAUGUGGCCGCUGCCACUGGUUUGGGAUCAACUGGUAUCUCAGAACUCCCAAUCAUGAACCCCACUAGUAGGAGAUCUGGCUAUGUAGUAUUGUGGUCCAGAAUGAUUUGUGCCAAAUUCUGGCGGAUGAAGUUUGAUUUAGCUUUUCUGUGUGAUUCUUGAAAAUGCAUUCAAAUCUGAUCCUGAAAUCUAAAAAAAAUUGUUGACUGGUGCAAAAAAAGGGUGGAAAAAACAAUUCAUGAAUUUUCAUGCCUACAGGGCUAUAUAUUG